UGCAAUCGAUUAUGAAUUCAUUCGUUAUAACAACUAUUGGUAUAAUAAUAGAGAAUACAAUAAAAUCAUGAAUCGAUUGUAUUUGGGAAGCGAUUCGCCGGUUAAAGACGUCAAUGUAAUGACAACCCUUGAGAUCAGUCUCGUGAUUAGUGUGACUGAAGAGCCGGUGCCGGAAGAGAGCCGGUGGCCAAACAUCUCUUACCAACACAUAGAGGCCGGAGAUUUUCCCGACGAAGACUUGAUCUCACAUUUUGAUCACUGCUAUCGACUUAUAGCGAAAGCGCAUGAAAAGGAUGAGACGGUUUACAUCCACUGUCGAAGCGGUACCUCAAGAAGUGCCACAAUAGUGAUGGCAUUCCUUAUGAAAAAGCAUUGCAUUUCGUAUUUGAAUUCACGAAAACGGGUCGAAAAGAAACGCAAAGUUUUCCCAAACGAAGGAUUUGUUCAUCAGUUGGAGUUAUACGAGAGGAUGAACUUCUUCGCCAACGGCUAUAACCAAGAGUACCGACGAUUUCUACUCAAAUCACUCACUUAUAAACUAAGAAGUAAUGGUCUGUCCCUGGGUUUGACAAACAAUCUUCAAUCAAAGUCACCGAAAGCCACAUCUCGGGCCGAAAGAGAUAUGAAAUUUCAUUACGAAUACAAUUGUCUGAAAAAUUACUUCAAGAAGAUUGUGGCCGCGGAACAGACUGGCGACCAGUUUUACGACUCGACAGACACGGGACCCGUCUAUACCUGUUAUUACUGUAACCACGAGCUAUUCAAUCAGAUUAACAUAAUCACCGAAAAAGUGUCGGACUAUUCGUGUAGAGACCUAUUCAUUGAACCCCUGCAGACAUAUUGCACGCAAUCCGAUGACGAGACGUCGGGUUACUUGAAGUGUCCCAAUUGGAAUGUCUCGCAUUGA